UUCGGGUUGGAGUUGACCUGUCAGUCACAACGUUUUCUGCGGGUUUCACAGAUUAUCGAUCAUUUUUCAACCAUAUCUAUUUUUCUUAAAAGUUUUUUUUUGUUGUUGUGUGGAAAUGCCUGGGAUGCCGCUGCUGAGGCAGCUCGUCAGCGAGCGUCUGACAGCGGCUGCGGAGGAGAUUUUCGGGCUGGUUGAGAAAACGAUAGCGGAAUAUCAGGCGGAAUUUGUCCGUUCAAAGAGGGAGAUCGUCCAACUGAAGGAAGAGAUCAGCCAGCUGUAUGAAUUAAAACCCGAAAUAAGAUUAUACACGCCGGAUCCCCACUUAGUACCCGAGGAGGACAGCACUUCACAGGAGCAAUGUGACCUCAAACUGGAGCGGAUUCCCACCCUGGAGGAAGUGGCGCUCCAGAAGUCCCCUCGAAUAAAAGAGGAACAGAUGGACCUUUGUAUCAGUCCAGAUUUGGAGUCUGGUACCUCUGAUAGUGGCAAAGCAGAAACUUCUCAGUCUGAGCCCACUGUUGACAGUCCACCGUUUUCUUCUUGCUGUGCUAUAACUGUAAGUGUAAGUGAUGACGUUGACAAUGAAUGGAACAGGAAUGACAGCUCGGGGUCAUCGUUGAGUCAGAAUUACAGUGACACUGCUUUAAGGGAACUGGACCUAGAUCAGAGAGGUGAAAAGACAUGCCGCUUUUGUGGAAAGAAUUUUGACCGGGACUGUGACCUGAUCAGGCAUAUGGAUAACAGUCAUACUGGAGAAAAGGCCUUUAAAUGCUUGGAAUGUGACAAGGAGUUUGCACGUAGGGACCAUCUGUCUGUACAUUUAAGAAUCCACACAGGUGAAAAGCCACACACCUGCCCGUUCUGUGGGAAAUCAUUUGCUCAGCGCUCGAACCUCAACGUUCACACAAGAAAGCACACUGGAGAGAAACCCUAUUUUUGCGACACAUGUGGCAAAAUGGUCGCCCAUAGUUAUCACCUCAAAACAUGUGGUAUGGCAGAGCGUAAGGGGGGAAAGUCGUUCCGCUGUAGGGUUUGCGGCAAAAAGUUUCAUACAGCUUCCAACCUGGGGGUGCACAUGAAGAUCCACGAAGCAAGGAAAACGUAUGCUGUUGUGUAAUCAGCAUCCUGUUUGCUCUAGUCUCACACAAGCACUCUGUCUGAAAACAGACACACACAAAAAAAAAGACUUCUACUGCAGUCCAACAGAAAGACAGAACUUCUAUUUAAAACAACUGCCUGUUGUACCAUACGUUUGAAUCAAUGGUUCAGCAAAUUCAUGUGGACCAUGAAAACUACCAUUACUUCUUUUAAAACAGAGUGUACACUUGCUGCACCUUUUCUAAAAGCUGGCCAUUUCUUUACUUUUGAU